GAUCUCAGAAGGAGUAAAAAAAAAAAAGAAAAAAAAGUGGAAGAGUGAAAAGAGGAACAGGGGAGGGGAGGGGAGGGGAGGGUAGGGAAAAAGGUGGAAGGUGUGUAGAAGGAUGAAAUUGAUUCCACAGGUGUGGGAAGUGUGUCGCUAACAGACAACAUUAUAGAGAAAUAAACAUACUUCCAAAAAAUAUGCAGCCUCGCACGCCUCUCUUUGCAGGCGCUGCCUCCUUCUUUCUCACCACUUAGUCCUUUUCUCUUCACCCUAUCCCUCCCGCUUCUUCUUCUUCUUCUUCUUCAUCACGCAAGCCAUGCCGACCUUUUCUGCCAUAGCCUUUGAUAGGUUGAUAGAGCCUGGAGCUUCCAAGCCUGCACCUCAUAGAUCUGUUCCGGCUUCGAUGCCUGUCCCAAGGAAGCUUGAGAGGAGAAGUAGUGAACCAACCCCAAAAAAGAAGGCCCCUCCUCCUCGUCCUCAGUUAAAGCCAGCACUCUAUGCCACUCCUGAGGUGACGCCACUUCCGGAUUCACCCUCUUCAUUUCCUCCUUCACCUUACAUCAUCAAUCACAAACGCCGUGGACCCCGCCUACAGAAGAGUUUCUCUGAGGUCAAUGUGCAGGACAAGCAGAAGGGUCUUGAAGAUGAAAAUGCUAAUAGUAAAAGCAAUAAUGAUGAUGUGGUUCCCAGUUCAGCUGGUGAUCUCCAGGCCUCCUAUACAAACAUUGAACCUGUUAAGGAGGAGCAGGAGAAUAGCGGACAUGAUACCAACCACAGUAGCAAUGGUGGUGACCUUGGGUUCGGACAUAGGGAAAGUGAAAUUAGUAGCAUUUCUAAUGGAUCACACGUGGAUAAAGUAGUGGCAUUGAAUUUGGAAAGAGAUGGUGAGAGUGAAGACUUUUUUGAUCCGCAUGAUUCAAUGAGUUUAGCAAGUUACACAGAUGGUGAGGAUAAUACAGGUACAGAACGUGCUGUGAAACUCAGUGCUCCUGGUGGGGAGUUUUUUGAUGCUUGGGAAGAACUCUCUUCUGAAGGUGGGACUCAAAAUUCUCAAUGUGAUGUCGAAGCUGAAUUGUGUGAAAUAAGGUUAAGUCUAUUGAUGGAGAUAGAGAAGCGGAAGCAAGUUGAAGAAUCCCUUACCAGCAUGCAAAGCCAGUGGGAGAGAAUUAGGCAAGGAUUAUAUCUUUUGGGGAUUGUUUUGCCUGCCGAUCUUAUUGAUAUUGCUGAGAGUGGGCAGCAGAUUUCUGAUCCUGUUGAAGAUAUAUGUCAGCAAGUUUGCAUUGCUAGGUUCAUAUCAAACAGCAUUGGGAGAGGAACUGCCAGGGCAGAAGUGGAGACAGAGAUGGAAGCUCAAUUAGAAUCAAAGAAUUUUGAGAUUGCUCGACUAUUGGAACGUCUUCACUGUUAUGAGACCAUGAACAGGGAAAUGUCUCAGAGGAACCAGGAAGCAGUAGAGAUGGCACGGCGGGAGAGACAGAGAAGGAGUAGGAGGCAGAGAUGGAUUUGGGGCUCUAUUACUACUGCCAUUGUACUUGGUGGUACAGCUGCAAUAGCAUGGUCUUAUCUCCCUGUAAGUAAAGGAUCGACUUCUGCAGACCAUGAUCUGGUUCCAGAUACUGAUGAUGCAACCAACUGAUACACCAACUAUACCAUCAACACCAACUUGAUUGCCGAGUGAUGGUAGGAGAGGAGAAUAAAAAUUUUACGUGCUACUACUGUGUGGCAAACAGAUCUCUUACUUGAUCAAUUACAAUUUUCCGGCAUUCUGAGUAAUGUGCAUAGUAUAUUGGGCCUUUCACUGGAAUCUAGCUAGUAAGGUGAAGGGUUUUAGUCUGAGUUGAAAUAAUACCGCAUAGUUUCCUAUGGAUUCUGUGAGCAAAGUAUUUGUUUCACCUUAUACUUUUCACAGAGCACAUUUACAAUACAUUCUUUAUGCUUGUUUCUCCAAGCAUUUUAUACCACUGAAGAAAUUUGACACUUGGUGUUGCUGAACGUGCAUGAUCUAUUAUUAGAAUUCUCCUUUCCAAUCUGAGUGUUUCUGUAGUGUUUCAUCAGUUGUGUUUCAUGAACAAACGUAUCGUAGUAAUCUGCUAAGCGACUAUUUUUGUCCAAGAUGGAUGGAGUUUUUUUUUUUCGUUAGCGCUUGAAAUAAGAUAUGGCAGAUUGUAAUACUUCUAUAAACUAGUGGUGAUCCCGUUGCUAAAGAAGGCUGUUGAUACAGCUAUACAUUUGUUAAGUGAUAGGAAAUUCACAUUUUUUUUAUCAAUUUAAUAUUCUUUUUGGUGCUUUUAGACUUUAUAUAUAUGGCCAUCCUAGUGAUGCAACUCUCGAUUGGGUAAGAUGAAGAUGUAUUUAAAUUUGAAAUGAAAUGAACUUAAAUAAUUU